AUGAAAAUAAUUUCAUCUAGAAUUGUGGCUAAUUAUAAUCCUCUUAUUGAUCCCCAUUUGAAAUCAUAUUUCAGUAAAGAACGUAUUCAAUCUCAUUUAAAACAUGCUGGAUUAGUUAAUCGUCGAGGUGAAAUUCUAUCGGAUAGUGAAUAUCGUUUAAAAUUAGCUCGACAAGAACAGAAAAAACAUGUUCGACAAAUGCUUGCUGAAAAUAUUGUUUAUCGAGCAAUUGAUAUGGAACGAUCACGACAAGCUGAAUUAAGACGUCAAAUAGAUAUAGCAACUAAAACAGCUUUAGUUAAUAGUGUAAAAGGAUCAAGAAAACGUACUGAUGGAUCUUCAUCUAUAAAUAUGUCAAAAUCUGAUGAUAUGGAUUUGAAAGUAAAGGAUUCGUCAUGGUCACAAAAUCGAAGGAAAAGUACAAGUCUACCUCGAGAUACUCAAUUCAUGAAUGAAGAAUUUGAUGGACAAUCUCGAAUUCUUCGUGUUCAAUCAGCGAAUGUUCGUAAUGAUUUACAUCGAAAACAACAGUCUUCAAAAACUUCAACUUUUCAUUAUCGUCCACUUAAUCGACCAAAAUCCGUACAAAAUCAUCGAUCAUUAAUAAAAUCAUCUGAUUCUUCCGCAGCAAAUUCUCCAUGUCGAAUAACAAUGAUAUAUUAUGGCCCAAAUACAAAACUUGAAUAUGAUCAUUCAUUAUUCGAAUCAACUGAUGAAAUUAUGGUUAUGCAACAACAUUGUGGUGGAGAAAAUUUAAUUGUUUAUAAAGCUAAUCUUAAACCUGGAGAUGAAUUUAUAUUUAAUUCUCGUCGCCAUUCGGAUUAUCCAUUAGGUUUAUCAUUAUAUGUUAAAGGUUUAAUUGAUAGUCGUAUUUCAACAUGUUGUGAAUAUAAACAUCGUCAUGGUGUUCGAUUAGGUGGUGAACGUGGACAUUUUGCUAUUGUAUCUGUUGAAGGAUCAAAACCUUGCCUUAAAUGUCGUUUUGAAAAACAAACACGAGCAAAAGAAAAUUUAAAUUCAUCAAAAGAUUUCAAUGAAACAGAAGAUGAAGAUAAAAAACCAGUAACAAUUUCGAUUCCAGUUUCACAACAAUUAAAAAGAAAACAAAAAUCUAUUCAAAUACCUGUUAGACAUACACCAGACUCAGACGAAAACUAUUCAGAUGAUUUUGAUGAACCGGAUAAACGACAUGCAUCCAAGUCAAAUGAAAAUACUAUCAAAACUCAACAAUCAGCAUCAAAAGCUCGUUCUACAUCAAUUCAACGAAAAUCGUCUGUAGAAAGUAAUUCAACAUCAUCAUCAACCAAGCCUUGGCAAAUUAUAUUUCAUUCAUCAAAUAUUCCAACCGGAAGUUUUCAAUUUCCAAAAAAUAAUUCUAUUGAUGCUUUUCUUAAAUUAUCAUUGAUAUCAAAAGAUGAAAAUGAUGAAACUGAACAGUAUAAAAUCAAUAUGAGAGAUUUUCCUCAAUGUUUUAAAUCAGGUCGACAAGAUUUAUUUAAAAUAAAAUUACGAGAUAUUGGUAAACCAAAACAAAUUCGAUUAAAACUUGAAAUAACAGAUCUGAUCAAUGAUGAUAUUAAAUGGCAUCUUGAUUAUAUUGAACUUAUUGAUUCCGAAAAUGAAUCUCAUUAUAAAUUUUCUUGUAAUCAAUGGAUUCGUCCAUCACAAGAAAAAAUUCUCAAUCUUAUUCAAUCAUCUGAAAAGAAAAAAAGUUUAACAAACAUAAAUAAUUCUCAAAAAACAAAAAUCUCUUCUCAUUCAUCAUCAUCAUCAUCCGAUGAAUUUUCUAAACAAAUUGAAUUAAAUAAAAAAUCUUUACCUAAUCAAACACAACAACAAUUAUCAACUGAUGACGAUGAAAAUUAUAAGACUCAUUAUCGUAUUAUAAUUUAUCCGUCAAAAAGUAUCGAUGGAGAAUUUAAUGCAUUAAAUGAUAGUCGAAUAUUUGUACGUUUAAAUAAUCAAAAAAGAGAUUCAUUUCUAUAUCAAGAUGAUACGAAAUCUUGUCCGUCAUUUCAAGCAGGUGAAAAUCAAACAUUUGAAUUAAAUUUUAAUCAAAAUAUAACUGAACAACCAACAAAAUUAACUAUUGGAUAUUAUAAUUCUGAUAUAAAUGCAAGAAAAUGGAAAAUUCACAAAAUUGUUUUAAUUAAUACAGAAACAGGUGAAGAAACAAUAUUUCCUUGUAAAGAAGCACUUACAAGAAAUGAUUCGGAUUUACGAGCAGAACAUACUUAUCAAGCGCAUGUUAAACAAUCGGAUGAUGAUCAAGAAAGUACAUCUCAUACUCCUAAUAUAACCAAACAUACAUUAUCGCGAUCUCCAAGUGAACAAAAUACUCAAGUUCAAUCAAAAACAAAUAAUCAUAUUCGAUUUUCACCAACUGAAUCAGUUGAACAAACAACAAUAAAAACAAAUGAUAAUGAGAAAUUUUCUCCAAUAAAUUCACCUAAAGAAACUAAUAAUGAACAUGAAUUAGAUUCAUCAUCUCGUCCUAAAACUCGACGUGGUCGUCAAGAUACAUUUGAUAAAGAUAAUGAUCAUGAAGAUACAUUAAAUAAACCUCAACCAAAUAAUGACAUAUGGAGACCAUCAAGUCAACUUGAUACUAAAGAAUUAAUUGAUCCUUUAAUUGGUUUAGAUGAUCUUCAAGAUCAAACAUCGACAUCGAAAGAUUAA